AUGUCUUAUUCAUCAAUAAUACUUGGUUUCCUACUUUAUCUUACUUCAGGGUUAAUCUGGAAAGGAUUGGAAUCUAAAUUUGGUUUUAUACCCGCAUGUUCUGUAAUUUCCUUUAUAUUCAUUACUUCAUAUGGAGUUUAUGUCUAUAUAGUUAAGGCACCAUCAUCAUUACUUUUAACAAUUCCAAAAUUAGAUAAUAAGGGGACUGAUAGAAGUAGGAGAAGACUGAGUUUAGUAGAUAAUUUUGAGUUACAAAAAGCUAAAGUAUUUGGAACUCCUAGACAUACUACCAAUAAUUUGGAUACACAAAGUCUAGGAGAGUCAAGUAAUCUACUAAAUUUGAGUAAAUCUGGACAAUAUGGGAAUUCGAAUAUUUCACACACAAAUGAAAGGAUACCUAGCCAAACCCAGUUAUCAUUUUUUGGAUUGAACUUAACGACUCCUAUAAGGACUCCAAAUGCCGCCUCUGACUCAAGACAACUUUUAUUUACAAACUCUAACUCAACUAACUCAUCAUUAUCAUCAGUGAGACAAUUUGAUAUAACUUCUUCAUCUAAUUUAGCAGAGACAUUUAUUAAGGCUGCAUCAGCUGCAAGAACAGCCCAAGGAGAUGAAGGUAUUCUUUCUCCUUUUGGAUUUGGCUGGGCAAAUUCUUUAUCAAAUGUAACAAAUGCUACACCUUAUAGACUGGGAUUGACUCCAGAGAAAUCAACUCCUGUAAAUAAUACAAGCAAACUUUCUUCAGUAUCAUCUUCUAUGACUUCCUUAGUAAGAUCAUCAUUUUCAAGCUUAAACGCUGCUUCUUCAAACUUAAUUAGUGGUAGGAAGUCACUAUCAAAUGAGCACUCUCACUUUACAAACAAUAGUAGACAAGGCAAUAUAUCUUCUAAACAACAUCCUACUAGUUUCCUAUUUCUUCGUGAUGAUCCUGUACAGAACAAAGUUAAAAAUGAUAGUACAACUCCCAUUAAAAAAGUCCAUCCUGGUUUUGCUUCUCCCCUCCCUUCAGGUAGAUCUCCAAUUUUAUUGCAAGCUACAGAGAAUAGAGAUUCAACUCUCUCAAGUGACAAAGUAUCUUGA